AGCAGCAGCCCUAACUACAGUGAAGGCAAAAACUAUUUUAACCAUGCCUCCCAUACUAAAAUGCCUCCGUGGGAACUUGGCUGCUCUCAAGGGUAUAAGGUUUAUCCAUUCAUCUUUCAUUCCGAAGAUGGCAGCACCUGCGGCAUCAAACUCGGGAUCCUCUUCAUCGUAUGAAUCCGAUUUAAUCUUGAAAACAUCAAUAUCCGCAAUUAGAAAUAUAGGAAUAAUUGCUCAUAUUGACGCAGGUAAAACUACGACCACAGAACGAUUGUUAUAUUAUUCAGGAUUGACAAAUAGAAUCGGUAAUGUUGAUGAAGGUGAUACAAUUACAGAUUAUAUGACCCAAGAAAAAGACCGUGGUAUAACGAUUCAGAGUGCAGCUGUUACACUACCUUGGAAAGACCACAAAAUUAAUGUUAUCGAUACCCCUGGCCAUGCAGACUUUACUUUUGAAGUCACCCGUUCCCUCAGGGUCUUGGACGGUGCUGUAACCAUUUUGGAUGCCGUUGCAGGUGUUGAGGCACAGACUGAAAAAGUUUGGAAACAAGCUAAAGAUUUGAAUAUUCCUAUCAUUGCAUACAUCAAUAAAAUGGAUAGAGAUGGAGCAGGUUACGGAAGGACCGUGAAGGAAAUUGUGGGUAGAUUGGGUACAAGAGCCAUAUUGCUCAAUGUUCCUUAUUUUGUCAAGGAUUCAUCACAGAAUAUGAUCUUCAAAGGAAUAGUGGAUGUCAUAAAUAAAAAACUGAUUAUUUGGAAAGACGCCGAUUUAGAUGGGAAAGAGGUAGAUGUCUUUGACAUAUCUAAUUCUGCAUGUGAAUAUCCUGAAGUGCACGAAGAAAUGUUGAAGUGUAGAGAAGCCGUGGUAGAAACAUUAGGUGAACUAGAUGAAUCUAUUAUAGACAAUUUCUUAGAAACUGAGGACUACACCCAAGUAUCCAUUCCAUUGUUGAAGAAGUCGAUCCGUCAUUUGACACUAGAAAGUAAGAUUACUCCUAUUCUAUGUGGAUCUAGCUUCAAAAAUAUUGGUGUACAGCCAUUGAUGGAUGCAAUUGUAGAUUAUCUUCCUUCACCAGUGGAAACAAACCCACCAGCUAUUAUCUCUAGUACAUUAGGCUCUAAAGGCCACAGUCGUAAAACGAAGAAUAAGAAGAUAAAGGAAAAUGCUGUUACCCAAAGCUCGUCAAAUUCUGCUACUAUGUCUGUUAUCGAUCCUAAAUUGGGGUGUGUUAUCAACAAUAAUAAAAACCUCACAACUGCUUUAGCUUUUAAAGUGAUCAAUCAUCCAAACAGGGGUCUAAUGGUGUUUGUGCGGGUAUAUAGUGGCAAGUUGCAACCUAAUUCAACAAUCAUCAAUUCGAGAACUGGGGAAAAGAUUAAGAUUGGAAAAUUACUUGUUAUGAACGGCGACUCUCCGUUGGAAGUAAAAUACCUCUCAGCUGGAAAUAUUGGUGUUAUCACAGGGACAGAAGAGAUUUCUACGGGUGAUACUAUCAUUGCACACUCAUUAACUAGGAAUGUCACACAGAUAUCCAAGGCUGAAACAGGAUUGAAGUUGUUACCGAUUGACAUUCCUCCACCUGUUUUCUCCGUUUCUAUCGAGCCUACUACUGUCGCCGAUAAGAGAAAAUUGGAUACUUCAUUAGAUAUUCUUUUGAAGGAAGAUCCUUCUUUGAAGUUAUCUUUCGAUGAAGAAUCGGGACAAUCGAUCCUAUCAGGAAUGGGAGAGCUACACCUGGAAAUCACAAAAGAUAGAUUAGUGACUGAUAUGAAGGUAAAAGCAGAUAUCGGCGAUGUUUGUGUGACUUACAAAGAAACUAUUACAAAACCGGUGGGCCCUGUUACUAUAUAUGAGAAUGGUGCAGCUUCAUUGAACGAAGUCUCAGAAUCCCAGUUUGGAAUUAGUUUAUCAGUUUUGCCGUUUGACGGUGAAAUCGAUGAUAUGCUUGUUAACAUGCAUGAGUUCAUGGGGAAGAAAUUUGAUGAAGAGACAGAUGUACAUUAUCUGGACAUGAAUACUGCUGUUGUUUUCGACAAGGAUUCUAUGCCUCCAGUGAUUAGAAAAGAGCUUUCACUCGAAAAGUGGACUUUAAAUUUCAGUUAUAGUAAAGUCAUCAAUUCCAUGCUAUCAGGGGCAACGGGUGCAUUACAAAUGGGUGGUCGUUUAGCUAGAAUGCCAAUACAAAAUAUAAUUGUUUAUGUGGACAAGUGGUAUCUCCCUGAGGUGAAAGACGUGAGUAGUGUCAGCCCAAUGAUUAAAGUUACCAGAGAAGCGAUAAAAUCCGCAUUGAGUCAACUCAAGGACGAAGAUUUCACAAUACUCGAACCUAUAAUGAAUGUUCGCACAUAUGUCUUAGAGGCUGAUAUUGGUAAUGUAUCACAAGAUUUGAUGAGUGUGCGUAAUGCAAAAAUCAUGGGGAUUGAGAAUGAAAGUGAAGUUGGCACCAAUAAUGAUGCACAAGAUCUACACUGGUGCAAGAAGCAGAUGACAGAGACAUACGUGCCAUUUGACGCAACCAUGCAAUAUCUUCAAAAUAACAAUGGAGUGAGCAAGAUGGUUAUUAGUAGUGAGGCGCCGCUACGAGAGAUGAUUGGAUACUUGAGCAAGUUACGUUCCUUAACAAAGGGGCGUGGUCUGUACGAUAUGGAAUUGAAGGGCAUGGAAAGGGCCAGUUUGGAUCGUGUCAGACAAAUUCUUGAUAAUUGAUCAAAGAUGUAUAUAAAACUUGUAUAUAAUAUAUAACAGAGAAACUGAAGAUAAUGAUUAUGAUAU